UUUCAGUUGCUCGAGGAGCGCUGACCCAAACGGACGCGCCAACCGGUUAAUAAAUAAUUAUAAUAAUAUUACAUUCAGAAAAUAGUAUUAUUAACAAGACGGGUAAGGGGGAAAAAUCAGCUGUUUUGAGGACAACAAAAAACAGGUGACUACCAAAUGGAACUGAACUGAACAGAGCAGAAAGCCCAAAACACAAAACUGUCGGGCGGCUGUCAUAAUCGAUUUGCGAUUCGCGAUUUCCCACCGCCGAAUCAAUAGCACGCCGCUGGCAAAUGAGCAGCACUCGAGCCACGACUGAUAACUGAAGGCCAAAAGCCAAAAGCCGUGCGUGGGGUAGCCCGGCCAGAAGUGGCUGAACGGCUCCAUCCAGACCCCAGUCCCUAGGUAACUCUGGAGAUCCGGGAGAGUCAGCCACUCAUACGGACAUGAUUGUCGGGCAGUCACAGUCGUAGUCGUAGUCGCAGUCGUAGUCACAAUCGUCAUCAAGAGUCACUUGUGAAAUUGAUACUGGAGCCCCAGCCCUUGAUUGAAAUGCGCGGAAGUUUCCACUUGUUAAGCAGAACAGCACUAGACAGCAGCCAAGGCACAAGCAGAGGCAGCAACAUUUUUUGGCUCAAAAGCUAUCGGCCAAGUCGACGACAUAGCCACUAUAGCUAAUUGUGAGCCAUUAAUUGAUUGGCGGCGUUCGUGAGAACAGCUAAAGAAGAAAAUUCACGCCCCCCCCCCAUCCAAAUUGGUGCACAAAAAUUAUAUCCCAAAACGAAAACAAAACAAUGACGGAAAAAACGGAACAACAGGAGCAGCACCUGGUGCCACCCUACAAGCCCACCACAGUCGUCAUCAAGGACAUGGACAAGACCAAGGAGUCACAGAAGUCCCAGAAGAAGCCCAAGCCACUGGGGGAAAGCCGCUCGGCCGUUCUCCGUCAGGAGCUCAUGGUCUUUCUGGGCAACUGCGGUGUCCUGGGCUCUGGAAUGGUGGUCAGCAUGCCGGCAGUAACUCUCAACCAGCUGCACGACGAAACUCAGCCCUUUUGGCUCAACAAGGACGAGUCCAGUUGGUUUGCCUCCAUCAAUAAUAUGGCGUGUCCUUUGGGUGGUCUGAUGGUCAGCUACUUCAUGGAUCGCAUCGGCCGCAAACACACCAUCCUGCUAACCAACUUGAUAGGACUCCUGGGCUGGAUCCUGCUCGCCACCAGUUUCAUGCACUCGAAUCGGGAUCUCAUCUAUGCCCAAAUGCUGGCGGGACGAGCUCUGGGCGGGAUUAUGAUCGGAAUGUUCGUGUCCCCCGUGGGAGUCUAUUCGGCGGAGAUCAGCUUACCGAAGAUACGAGGUCGCCUGAUCCUGGGCACCUCGCUGGGCCUGGCCGGUGGGAUCCUGUUGAUGUACUGCCUGGGUUACUUCAUACGGCACAACAUAGUCCUGAUCUUUAGCAUUAGUUGUUGCUACCAACUGAUGGCCACUUUGCUGGUCUUUCCGAUGCCGGAGUCCCCCAGCUGGCUGCUCAUCAAAAACAAAGAGGAUCGGGCCAGGAAGUCGUUGCGAUACUUCCGUGGAUUGCCCAAAAAUGAUGCCGACUAUGUUCCGGAAUUCGAGGCGGAACUCUCCCAUAUGCGCGAGGUGGCGGCCAUGAGCAGGACCACGGCGGCCAGUGAGUCCUUGGGCCAGAUGAUCCACCGACCGGAGGUGUACAAGCCCGUCCUGAUGAUGACCACCUUCUUCGGCUUCCAGCAGAUGUGCGGCGUGGUGGUGAUCAUCGUCUAUGCCGUCCAGAUCGCCCAGCAGGCUGGCGUCACCAUCGAUCCUGUCCUGGUGGCCGUGAUGCUGGGCGUCGCCAGGAUCAUCACAACGUUGUUCAUGAGCAAGGUGUUCGAGCAGUGGGGCCGAAAGCCGUCCGGAAUCUUCUCUGCCUCGGGAAUGGGAAUCUGCAUGUUGCUCCUGGCAUGCGGAGGAUGGUUCCCGGAGUCGGUGGGCACGUGGCAUUGGGUGCCCGUGGCCUGCAUCGUGGCCCAUAUCGUCUUCUCCACCAUGGGCAUGCUGACGCUGCCCUUCUUGAUGAUCUCCGAGGUGUUCCCGCAGCGGGCGAGGGGCAGUGCCUCCGGCAUUGCCGUCUUCUUCGGCAUGAUCCUGGCCUUCGUCAUGCUCAAGAUCUAUCCCAAUAUGCAGGCCGCCCUGGGCACCUCCAACCUGUUUGCCUUCUAUGCGUUCGUGUCCUUCAUGGCGGCGGCCUUCAUAGGCACCUUCGUCCCAGAGACGAGGGGCAGGACCCUGGAGGAGCUCGAGGAGCGCUGGCAGACGGGCAAGUUCUCACGCCGGCUGACUGUGGCCAACAACCUGAAGGACGUGGAGCUGCACGAGGUCUUCCUGAAGAAAUAGGGACGAAGGAUCAAGGAUCGGGUCGGUUUAUUCAAUCUGUGAUGUGUUAAGUACUUAGCCUUGGCAGCCUUUGGAAAAGAAAUUAUAAAUAAAAACUAAUCGUUUUGGCGGAACUAUGAAUUCGAAAGCCAAAAACGAAGCAACUACAGUGGAUAUUGUUGAGUAUAUCGGCGAAUAUCGGCAUCCAACAUUAUUUUUUUUUAUACCUUUACUUUAAAUUUUAAGAUAUUGUAAUGAACACUUGUAUACACCUGCUAUUUGCAAAAAUAAAAGACAAAAAAAAUGAAAAAUGUUCACAAAA